CCGGGCUGAUCAGACACGACCAUCAACCAUAUAAAGCGCCGCUACCUGCGCGGAUCGGAGAAGAUAAAGAGGAUGGAUGAGAACACGCCUCUCAUAAACACAGGUCCAGCGAGAACAAGCAAUAGCAGGCUGUUCCUGGCAGUGUUUUCAGCAGUUCUGGGCAACUUCAAUUUUGGGUUCGCCAUGGUGUACCCCUCCCCCGUCAUCCCCCAGCUCCGGGUCAUUGACAACCCCCAUCUGAGGUUGGACACUCAGCAAGUGGCCUGGUUUGGGUCCAUCUUUUCCCUGGGUGCGGUUUCGGGCGGUCUGGGUGCCAUGCUGCUGAAUGACCGCAUGGGCAGGAAGCUGAGCAUCAUGGCGUCCGCUGUGCCCUCUUCUGUGGGCUACCUGGUUAUGGGCGCGGCUCAGGAGGUGUGGAUGCUUCACCUGGGUCGUUUCCUCACAGGGAUCGCUGCGGGCAUGACAGCUGCCUCUAUACCUGUGUAUGUGUCAGAGAUCUCCCAUCCUGCAGUGAGGGGUGUCCUGGGAUCCACUCCACAGAUGACCGGUGUGUGCGGAUCCCUGGUUCUCUACGCUCUGGGUCUGGUGUUGCCAUGGCGAUGGCUGGCGGUUGCUGGGGAGGUGCCCGCUGUGCUGAUGGUGCUGCUGCUGUGUUUCAUGCCUGACUCGCCACGCUACCUCAUCGCCCAGGGGAAAGAGGACCGCGCCCACCGGGCCCUGGUGUGGCUGCGGGGCCCCGGGGCCGACAUCACCUCUGAGUUCAACAGGAUCAAGCAGAGCAUAGCAGCACAGAGCCGGGUCAGCUGGGCGGAGCUUGGCAAGCCCUUCUACUAUAAGCCUAUCCUGAUCUCAGUGGUGAUGCGGUUCCUGCAGCAGAUGACAGGGAUAACCCCCAUCUUGGUUUAUCUGGAGCCCAUCUUCCAUCUGACCAGGGUGUCCCUGGAGCCCAGGUAUGAUGCCACUCUGGUGGGUGCGGUGCGGCUGCUGUCUGUGAUUAUUGCGGCGAGUUUGAUGGACAAAGCUGGCAGGAAGGCCCUGCUCUUCACUUCAGGUUACGCCAUGGGAUGGGGCCCCAUCACCUGGCUGCUGAUGUCAGAGGUGCUGCCGCUGUCGGCACGGGGCGUGGCGUCCGGUCUGUGCGUGGGGGUCAGCUGGGUCACCGCCUUCGUCCUGUCCCAGCUCUUCAUGCACGUGGUGGAGGCCUGGGGCCUGUUUCUGCCCUUCCUGUUCUUCUGUGUUGUGUGUGUCAUCAACAUCAUCUUCACUGCUGUGUGUGUACCCGAGACCCGUGGACGAUCUCUAGAAGAGAUUGAGAACUACUUCCGAACUGGACGCACCUUCACUAUCAGUGAGACCUGACAUACUGCCCCAAACUGAGUCUGGACUGACCUCUGACCCCCAGCUGUGCCCCCCCCCCCCUUCCCAGAACAGGCAACCACUAAAAACCUUCACUUCUACAUCAGAGUACCCAGAGCUGCAGCUCAAACAGAUCAGUCAGUCUGAUUGCGAUGACACUGGAAAGCUGUCUGCAUUUCCCCUCAGUCCAGAGUAUGGAAGCACCUGCAGCUCAGACAGGUGGCGUUACCUGUUGGCUUUGGGCUUUAGGUGUUCAGAUGGUUAUGUUUAACCUAACCUUAACCCCCUGGAGUCCCCUGCAUUGUCGCUGAUGCAGAUUUUUUCCCCCGCAGUUUCACUUGAACAUAGAUUAAAUGCUUCAUACCCCGUUGGUUUAUAAACAUCAUAUUAGCAUUGACAGAAACCUCAAAGUGUUUCCUUUUAAAUAAACCUAAUGAAAAAACAAAUUAUCGUUUGAAAAGUAUCUAAAAUAAGUGAAAUAUACAGCUAUGCACAUUCCACAGACAAAGUUCCGUCAGGACAGUGCAAACCCAACCCCCCUAUUUGCAACUUUAUUCACAUGAUAACGACCAGCCGAUUAGUUUCGGUAAUGCGGGAGGAGCUAAGUCAUGCCCAUGGGAGAAUGCCCAUGGUGAACAAGAUAAAAUGCCAUGCAGGUUCAAGCAUAAUUCAUUUAGAGACAUUUCUCAGUAUCACUAUCGGAGAUUUGCGUGUUGUGUAGGCAAACGUUACUUGAAAUUAGCUAAGUUAGCUGCAUCUUGUGUGGGCUAAGGUUUAUUGAAAUUCGCCAAGGUGCUGGGUACUUGGAAUUCUUGGGCUUUUUGUGUGAGAAUUCGGCAUAUAAACACUGUCAUUUGAAUAGUGAAGAUACUGUAAGCUUUGUGCAGUCCAUUUUUUUUCAUAACCCAUCAUAAGUUGCCUGUUUUUAUGUGAAUUCUU